CUUUCGUCAUCCCAAUCGCACGGUUACAACACAAAUAGUGAUGCCGAUCAAACGUUUGCCCAAUUUCUCAUAAAAACUGCGGUUCUCAUUCUUUCAACCCUGUCUAUCCAAGACACAGUCGCAAUCUUGCCUUAGCUUUUGGGUAUACUGUUCCAACAUGGCGACGUCAGGACAGCCUUCUGGGGUUGAACUCAACCCUCAGCAGCGGUUCUUCCAUUUCUUCCAGCAAGAGAUCACAGCCCUCCAAGAGCAAAUGGAUCGCCUUUCAGAAACUGCGGUAACGGGCGGCGAACGAAACGACGCCGCAGACCACUGUCUUGCGGGCAUCACGCGACUCUCCAACGAAGUCAAAGACGCCUCAAGUUACAUUCCGCCUUAUGAUCAAAGAACAUACGCUGAGGCAAUAAAGGCUUUGCAGGAGAAACUCGACGACACGCGCAAGAUCUUCGCGCCGAAGCCCAAGUUCUCCUUCAAGUCCGCGCACAAGAGUCCCUCCUCGCUCUCUCUGAGCGAUGCCGCAGAACUAGCCGCAGAGAAGAGACGAGGUGCCCCAGGUAUCCUCGAUCCAGGCUCCGAGACGAACUCUUCCUUCGCGAAUACUCCGGCAUUCAGCAUGACCCCUGCCAACGAGCGGGCUCUACCAGACGGCGAGGAAGAAGAAGGCACCCAGCAAGAUCAGACGUCGAACGACCAGCCUACAAAUACCGACUCAUCACCUUCAGACAAAGACAAUGAUCGACCACCACUGUACACAACACAAACCUCCAUCUCCGUCACCAACCAGACGCACGCACACAUCAUCCUGCCCUCAUCAUCACUCAAUACCCAAACCCCCUGCUCUCUACAGAAACUGUCAAACUGCGUCCUGGACCUAUCUAUUCCGACGACCGCAACCGCACCCUUCGCCAGCCUGACCAUCAACAACGUCUCAUCAUCCCUUCUCAUCUGCGGCUCAGUGUCUGGCCCUGCACACAUCACAAAAGUCAAGAACAGCAUCCUAGUCGUCAAAGGCCGCCAAUUCCGCAUGCACGACUGCAAGAACGUCGACGUCUAUCUCCAUUGCACAAGCAGGCCCAUUAUCGAGAACUGUCACGGCAUUCGGUUCACCACGCUGCCGAAGUUCCAUUCCGACCUGAUCAGCUCUUCUCAGACCGCGCCCGACGCGACGCCCAAUCAGUGGGACCAAGUGGACGACUUCAAAUGGUUAAAAGCUGAGCCCAGUCCCAAUUGGUCGGCCAUGCCAACCGAGGACAACAUUCCGGACGAUACAUGGCGGGAGAUCGUACCUGGAGGUCCAGGCUGGCACCUCAAUGAUAUACUGAAAGCGGUGAAACUGCCGGUCGAAGGUGGUGGUGCUGACGGCCAUUGAACUAGAAAGAGAGGUUGAGAUGCUAGUGUCCAUCCAGAUGUUAAUCAACCAUGAUGAGGACGGCUGGAACCAGGUUAUGAAGCAAUGCGACCGGUGUGGCUAUGCGCUACCAGAAAAGUUCGGCGAGUAUCAUGAUGGCACUUGCUGCUGUGACACCAGUGCUCCGGUCGCCGGACAAGACUUGCCUCAAGGAGGUCAGCCUACACAGAUACAUUUGCAACGCGGAUGAAAAGCAGGGUGCUUUUAGAGAUUGUUGAGUGUUGAGAGCCGAAGCGAUAGAAACGAGCAACGACGAACGAAAUCAAAAGGAACCCUGCCAUUUGCUACUGGUCUGCUACUGGUCUGCCACUGGAAAGGAAAAGGUAUCUACGGCGUUGGGCAAGGUCCGGAAAAGAC